GAAGAGUUGUCGUACUUUAUUUUUUCAAAUAAUCGUUAAAAGUUAUACAAAUCUUUAUCUGCAAUCUAGACUCGUAUUAAACAAAUAGAUAUAUAAAAUAUAAUGCCACAAGAUUAUGAUUCAAAAGUAAGUCUGCACUUGGAUAUUAAUCAUGGACUCGACAGAGUUACGGAAUUAGUUCAGACCCGUUUGAUUGAGAGUGGUUGGAGGGAUCAAGUAAAGCUGGCAUGCCGAAAAGCGAUUUUAGAAAAUGGCGACAAACAUAUUCCGACUGUAGACGAGUUGAUUGCCCAGAUCACGCCCAAAGCCAGAUCCAUGGUUCCAGACGCGGUGAAGCGUGAACUACUUCACGAAUUGGAGUUAAUCUUAGUCAAUAUAGACAAGGCUGGAUACAGCAAAAGUUUUUAGGAUCUUCUAGUUUAAGUGGAAUCCUUCAAGGAAUAUGUCAACAAGUAUUAAUGUCCGUUCCUUUCUAAUUGUGAACAUAUUUAACAUUUUUAUUGAUUGAUAAAUCUUACAAACGUACAAUUGAGAUUCUUAUCAAUAAAGUAGAAUUCAUUUUUUAAA